AUGAAUGUAAAUUUGCAGAGACAACUACCAACUAUUUUUGCAUUUUUCUUGAUUCUAUCUAUAAUAUUGUUAAAAGAUGUGGAUGCUUCUUCAUUGCCAGUCCAAGGUCAUUGUUCAGUAACGUACAAAGAUAGAAUUUAUAUUUUCGGUGGAUCAUUAAAUGACCUCUCUAGUCCGCAAAAUUGUUUUCUCUCCAUUCAAGCGCCAUUUGACAUUGUUACCACAAAUAAUAGUUCAAGUGGAGAUAACCUCGAAUGGACGGUGGAAGAACAAAAAGGGUCAACUUGUGUUAGUUAUGCUGCCUGCGUGACAACAUCCUCCGGAUAUCUUUUAGUAAUUGGAGGCAUUCAAAGUUGGAAUAAUAAUACAUCGAGUCAAACUUUCCAAAUUUAUGAUUUUAAUGCUGCUCAAUGGGUUGAAUCCUCAAAGAAACUCGAUGAGCCUUAUCCCGGUGCUUCAUAUGGACCAAGUGCAACAUUUUUAUCUACAAACUUAUUAUUUAUCUAUGGAGGAAAUACAUUGAAUUUAUCAGAAGUUUCUUUUCAAUCAACUGCCUUAUUUCUUGAUAUAAGUGGAGAGAAAUGGUAUUGGACAAAGAAAAAUCGAAGUUCAAAAAUAGACGAAACAGACGCCUCUUAUUCUGGAAUAAUUUCGGUGAAUUCAAAUACAUGGAUUUUUGGCGGAUCAGUUUAUUCCCAAGUCCACAAAAACCUAAGUAACUCAGACAAAAUUUAUACCUUCAACACAGACAAGCAAUGGAUUCCCGCAAAUGUAUCAUUGCCAUUGGCCGUAGAACAAUCCGCAAUCGGCCUUCGAAAAAAAACAUUGUUUGUUGUCGGAUAUUCAAACGAGACUUUGUUGGUCUGGUCAUUUGAUUUGGUGAGCCAAAAAUUUGUAGAAGUUUCACGUAAUACGUCAAUUUCCGUGCAGAAAUUCGCACAUACUCAGUUUCCAGGUUCCGAUGCGUUAAUGCUUCAUGGAAAUUUUUGUCCAAAGGAUGAAACAAAAGAAUUAUGUUCAACCACUGGAAAUGGCGUUGGUGGUGGGGUAGUUUUAAUAGCAAUAUCUAUUGGAAUUGUCUUUUGUAUUCGUAAAAGACGAAAGAAUCAUAGAACUAAAAAACCAAAAACAAACCAACAACAACAAACUCAAGAUGAGAACGAAUCUGGAGGUGAUGAUAUAUUACCAACUGUAGUACGUGAACCAUCAUCAUCACAGAUAAAUACUUCCUCCUCAAUUCUCUCCACGGAAAUUGAUCCAUUUUCUUAUCGGAGUUCACAGCACACUUCUCACGCUCGAGGAAGUAUAGGGUCACGAACAAUUUCGCCAACGAGCUUUCGACCCGAAAUCAGUAGUCUUACUGGAGAAUCUCCAAAAGAUUCACAAAUUAUGGAUGAUUUGCCUCUUCCUCCUCCUCCCGUGGCCGAUCAUUAUGCUGGAAGAUCUUCUAUUGGACAACAGCAUGGCACUGCUAAUCUCGAUAAUUUGCCAAUGUCAUUUUACUCGCAUGAGAAUGGAAAUAGUUCCCCGCCACGCGAAUAUAAUUUAUAA